ACGCGGGUACACGAGCUGCGCCGGAAACACUCAAACCGAAAACCCGUUCACGUCACCGCAGGAGCAGUAGCAGUAGCAGCAGCCAUGGUCAAAUACUCAAAGGAGCCUGAUAAUCCCACCAAAUCCUGCAAGGCUAGGGGUUCAGACCUCAGAUGUCACUUCAAGAAUACCAGAGAAACAGCACAUGCACUGAGGAAAAUGCCUUUAAUAAAGGCUAAGAGGUAUUUGGAAGAUGUCCUGAUCCAUAAACAAGCUAUUCCCUUCACCCGAUUUUGUAGGGGUGUUGGUCGUACUGCUCAGGCAAAAAACAGACAUUCCAAUGGUCAAGGAAGGUGGCCUGCCAAGUCAGCAAAGUUCAUUUUGGAUUUGCUUAAGAAUGCUGAAAGCAAUGCUGAGGUGAAAGGGUUAGAUGUGGAUGCCCUUUUCAUUUCCCAUAUUCAAGUGAACCAAGCUCAAAAACAAAGAAGGAGAACUUACCGUGCCCAUGGGAGAAUCAACCCUUAUAUGUCAUCACCUUGCCACAUUGAAUUGACUUUAUCUGAGAAGGAAGAACCUGUGAAAAAGGAGGCUGAAUCUCAAUUGGCAACUAGUGGCAAGUCGAAGAAACCUUGAUUAAGUUGUUAACUGCUUUUGGUUGAUUGAGAUUUUUGUUUUUGUAAGACUGAAAUUGUUCUCUACAUAUUUUGAUUUUGUACCAGGAUAUUGGAUAUUUUUUAUGGUAGAAAUUGAAAUCUGGAUUAAGAUUUGUAUUUCUUUUAAUCUAGUGUUGCAUGAGGAUGGCGUUUUGGUAAUAUAAAACAUAGUUUG